UUAACCAAUCGGGAAGCGACACGCUCCAACGAUUCCGCUCUCCUAUUGGUCGAUCGGAAAAAUUCUCGAAGUUGCUAGAACUUCUGUCACGGUUAUUUAUAUUAGUUCGAGAGAUCCGAAGAGCAGUUUUAACGGAGACAAAGUAACGAAGAGAAGCAACAGUUUACUAUAAAGAAGCUAGUCAAUCCAUCGUAAUCGACUUCAAAGUAAAAAAAUGGCAAAAACUCCUGCAAUUGGUAUCGAUCUGGGAACGACUUACUCCUGCGUUGGAGUAUUUCAACAUGGGAAGGUGGAAAUCAUCGCUAACGACCAAGGAAACAGAACCACUCCCAGUUACGUAGCGUUUACCGAUACCGAGAGGUUAAUCGGUGAUGCUGCAAAGAAUCAAGUAGCCAUGAAUCCCAGUAACACUGUCUUCGAUGCGAAACGUUUAAUAGGAAGACGUUUCGACGAUACCUCGGUGCAAGCUGAUAUGAAACAUUGGCCAUUCGAAGUAAUUAACGAUGCCAGUAAACCAAAAAUUAAGGUAGAAUAUAAGGGCGAAACAAAAACUUUCUUCCCCGAGGAAAUUUCAUCUAUGGUAUUGACAAAAAUGAAGGAGAUAGCGGAAGCUUACUUAGGAAAGACCGUCACCAAUGCUGUCGUAACUGUACCCGCUUAUUUUAAUGACUCUCAGAGGCAGGCCACUAAGGAUGCCGGCACAAUUGCCGGAUUGAAUGUUCUCAGGAUAAUCAACGAACCCACUGCUGCUGCCAUUGCUUAUGGACUUGACAAAAAGGGUACUGGAGAAAGAAAUGUUCUCAUUUUUGACCUUGGUGGUGGCACUUUUGAUGUAUCCUGUUUAACAAUUGAAGAUGGUAUUUUUGAAGUGAAAUCUACAGCUGGUGACACUCACUUGGGUGGUGAAGAUUUUGAUAACAGAAUGGUUAAUCAUUUCGUUCAAGAGUUUAAACGUAAGCACAAAAAAGAUAUCACCCAAAACAAACGAGCCUUGAGGAGAUUGAGAACUGCCUGUGAAAGAGCAAAGAGAACACUUUCAUCGAGCACUCAAGCAAGCAUUGAAAUUGACUCCUUGUUUGAAGGCAUAGACUUCUACUCGACAAUCACUAGAGCUAGAUUCGAAGAGCUGAAUGCCGACUUGUUCCGCAGUACUCUAGAACCAGUAGAAAAAGCUCUCAGGGAUGCAAAGUUAGAUAAAAGUCAAAUACACGACAUUGUUUUAGUAGGUGGUUCUACUAGAAUUCCAAAAAUCCAGAAAUUAUUGCAGGACUUCUUCAAUGGCAAAGAUCUUAACAAAAGUAUUAAUCCAGAUGAAGCUGUUGCCUAUGGUGCUGCAGUUCAGGCUGCUAUUCUGAAUGGUGACAAAUCUGAACAAGUGCAAGAUUUGCUCCUGCUCGAUGUUACCCCAUUGUCCCUUGGAAUUGAAACUGCCGGUGGUGUUAUGACUGCCCUCAUCAAAAGGAACACUACCAUUCCCACAAGACAAACCCAAACAUUUACCACCUACUCAGACAAUCAGCCCGGUGUAUUAAUUCAAGUAUACGAAGGAGAGAGAGCAAUGACAAAGGACAAUAAUCUUCUAGGAAAGUUUGAACUGACAGGAAUCCCACCGGCACCACGUGGCGUCCCACAGAUCGAAGUUACUUUCGACAUCGACGCUAACGGUAUAAUGAACGUAUCUGCAGUCGACAAGAGCACUGGCAAAGAAAACAAAAUUACAAUCACUAACGAUAAGGGCAGACUUUCCAAGGAGGACAUAGAAAGGAUGGUGAAGGAUGCCGAGAAAUACCGUGACGAAGACGAGAAGCAAAAGAACAGGAUUGCUGCCAAAAACGCACUCGAAAGUUAUGCCUUCAAUAUUAAAUCAACCGUAGAAGAUGAAAAAUUAAAGGAUAAAAUAAGCGAAGAGGAUAAGAAGAAAGUUUUAGAUAAGGUAGAUUCUACUAUCAAAUGGCUGGAUACAAAUCAGCUUGCAGAAAAGGAAGAAUUCGAAGACAAGCAAAAAGAAUUAGAAAGUGUGUGCAAUCCCAUCAUCACAAAACUCUAUCAAGCAGGCGGUGCUCCUCCAGGAGGAUUUCCAGGUGGUGCCGCUCCAGGAGCGGGUGCUUCUGCUGGCGGAGGAAGUGGACCAACUAUCGAAGAAGUCGACUAAAAAUUUUGUACAUAUUAAUCGCUGUUUAAACGGAAACAAUCAAUUUUUUUUUUUGUGUAGUUAACUUUUUCAAACGCAAAAUUUUUGCAGAAGUUCGUUUCAUUAUUUAUUUUAAUCUUUAAGAUGUUCAUUGUUAUACACUGUUUUUAUUCGAGUAAUAAAAUUAAUUUUUUGUAAAUUUUUCA